AUGUACGUUAACAAUUACACUGAGCCAGUUUUUUUCCUGCCACCAUGCCGCGCAAUUUCAAGUCGUCGUCACUCCACCACCGCAACGUCAUACUCUUUCUCUAUCUAUCUGGCGUCUGAGGGGAGUUUACAAAGAGCACGCCCAGCUAGAAGUACAGUCUACAAGUGGCACUCGAAGCUCGCGUCGGGCGACUAUUUCAUUGAAGAUGAAGACCGUUCGAGACGCCCGAUGAAGUUGGGUUUGGUCUUGCUGCGGAGACAGGUGAAAGCUGAUCCAUUUCAAACCACUCGCGAACUGACAGUUGCUCUUGGGAUGAGUCAAACCACAGUUGUUCGCGCAUUGAAGUCAAUCGGCAAGGUGUGA